AACCAUGUUUCUUGGAUAAAGUGAAAACGGAUAUUUCUGUCGUGAAAAUGUCUCGUUUAAUUGUAAAGAACCUGCCGAGUGGGAUAAAGGAAGAGAAGUUAAGGAAUCAUUUUGGCAAGGUUGGCUCAGUUACAGACUGUAGUUUAAAGUAUACUAAGAAUGGAGUGUUUAGAAAGUUUGCUUUCAUUGGCUACAAAACAGAACAAGAAGCUCAAACAGCCUUAAAACAGUUUAACAAGACCUUUAUUGAUGCUUCUAAAAUUGUGAUUGAAAUUGCAAAAGAUUUUGGGGACAUAAACAAACCAAGGGCAUGGAGCAAGUAUGCAAAAGAUAGUUCUGCAGGUCAGGCAAGCUUGAAAACUUCAAAAGAAGAUGUACCUAAAAAGGAUGAAAAGAAGAAGAAAAAUAAGAAAGCAGACCAUAAGAUUGUUGAUGAGUUGUUAGAUGAUGUUAAGGAUGAUCCUAAGUUUAAUGAAUUUCUGGAGGUCCAUCAGAAUGUAAGUGUUAAACCUGUCUGGACCAAUGAUGGUGUAAGACCUAAGGAUGAGAAGGAAAGUAUGGUCAGUGACGACAAAAUGUCCGAUUUGAAAGAGUCAUCAGAUGACAGUGCCAGUGAAUCAGAUUCUGAUGAUGAAAAUGAAGAGGUGAAGACAGAGAAGAAAAAGACAGCCACUGUGAAAGGUUUAUCCGAUCUUGAUUAUCUGAAGUCUAAAGUUUCUAGUAAAGAUACAGAGGGAAUUGAUGAUUCUGAUUCUGAUGAGGACAGCAACGAUAAGACGGUAUCUUCAAAAAAGCUAAAAGACAAGAAAAAUGAAGAAGAGAAGAAAACUUUGUUUAUGUUGAAAAUGAAAGGCAUCCCUACAAAAUGUGGAGAGAAAGCAGUACGAGAAUUUUUCAAUCCAUUAAAACUAGCAAAGUUGCAUGUUGCUAAAAAUGCUGCAAAAAGACCUAUUGGUAUAGCCUAUGUAGGAUUUGAAACAGAAAGUGACCUUGAUCAAGGGUUGAGAAGAAACAAGAACUUUAUAGGAGGUAAAAGAAUAUUUUUGAAAAAGUGUGACCAGGAACAAGAGGAUAUACCUGAGACAGAGAAGCCACGACCCUGGGAAAUUAAAAAUGAUUCAGAAGAUUGUGAAGGUAUAGCAGAGACAGGGAGACUUUUUAUCAGAAAUUUAUCCUACUCUUGUACAGAAGAAGAUUUGGAGGAGGAGUUUAAAAAAUUUGAUUUGGAAGAAUGUUACAUAUUUUUAACAGCAAAGGAGAUGAAAGAAACUGAAGAAGAGAGUGCAGAAGGGUCAUCUUACAAGAAAAAGAAAAGUGCAAAAGACAAGGCAAAUGCGACAAAGUCGUUUAAUUGGAAUUCCUUAUUUCUUGGAGCCAAUGCAGUGGCUGAUGUUCUAGCUGAAAAAUACAAGACCAGUAAAAGUGAUAUACUUGAUACAGAAUUAAAAGGAAGUCUUGGAGUAAGACUUGCUCUUGGUGAAACACAAGUAGUCCAAGAGACAAGGGAUUUCCUUACAGACAAUGGCGUUGCAUUGGAUAGUUUUAGUCAGCCCAAUGCACCAAGAAGUAAAACAGUAAUACUUGUAAAAAACCUUCCAGCAAAGACGGAUAUUUCAGAAAUAGAGACAGUAUUUUCACCGUAUGGAAGCUUGGGCAGAGUGUUGUUACCUCCCUCAGGUAUAACUGCCAUUGUAGAGUUCCAUGUACCAACUGAAGCAAAGACUGCAUUUACUAAAUUAGCGUAUAGAAAGUUUCAUCAUGUACCAUUAUUCUUGGAAUGGGCUCCAAUGGAAGUGUUCUCCACACCACCACCUGACAGAUCUAAAGUAACAACUCAAGUAAAGGAUGGUGGAGACCAGGAGAUGGGAAAGAAUACAGAAAUAAAGGAAGAAAGUAAAAGUAGCAAAAAAGAUGAUGAUGAUAGUGACGAUGAUGAAGAAGUCAGGAGUGUUUUAUUUGUGAAAAAUCUUCACUUCGACACAACAGAUGAAAAUUUAAAACAACAUUUUAGUGAGUGCAAGGGUUUUAAAACAGCUAAUGUGGCAAAAAAGAAAGACAUGAAAAGACCAGGACAGACAUUGUCAAUGGGUUAUGGUUUUGUGGAGUUUUUUACGGACAAUGGGGCACAAGAGACUAUCAAAAAUAUGCAGCAUACCAGCCUUGAUGGUCACUCACUGGAACUGAAAGUUUCAAAUCGUACCACUGCAAGUACUUCAAAUGAUAAAAAUACAACAAAGAAACAGAAAGAAAAGAAACAAAGAAGUACAAAAAUUUUAGUGAGGAAUAUACCAUUUGAGGCAAAACAGCAUGAAGUUGUCGAGUUGUUCAAGGUAUUUGGAGAGUUGAAGAGUGUAAGGCUACCGAAGAAGAUGGGAGGUACAGGGUCACAUAGAGGCUUCGGUUUUGUUGACUUUCUUACAAGACCCGAUGCUAAGAGGGCAUUUGAGUCACUUUGUCACAGCACUCAUUUGUAUGGAAGAAGACUGGUUCUAGAAUGGGCAGAUAGUGCUGAAGAUAUUGAUGAUAUUUAGAAAACGACUG